AUGUUAUAAGCUAAACCCAAGAUGAUUAUGCAGUAACAAGUUUCCAAAGAUUUUAAGUUUACAAAAUCAUCUACAUCUUUUAACCCAAUAAACACACUCUUUGGAAACUAGUAAACUCCAAUUCUUUAAAAUAAUCUAUGUUUGAAUUUAUUUACAAAACUUUAGCUAUACCUAUAUACAAAGGCCAUUUUAUUAAUUUCCAUCAUGAAAAAAUUAAAUUUGAUGAUUCAAUCACUCUUAGUGGUAUAGAGGAAGGCUUUCUUUACUUUGUGUUUAACUAAAGAUUUUUGCGAUUUUAUUUUUAUUCACCAAUUUAGGCUGAUCUCAAUUAUUAUUACAACACUGUAUAAAUAUUAAAUAUAGCUUAGGAUGACAAGAAGUACAAAUUUCCAUUAAGAAUUAAAGAACAAUAAAUUUAUCAUACAGAGUACAUUUCGGCGGUGGCUUUCUAAUGUUAAGAUGAAUUAUGGACUAUGGCAAUUGCCUCAGAGUUUUAUAUCUUUUUGUACACUUUUCGUGGAGAUUUGGAUAACUUUCAAAUGCUAAAAAAAGGGUUUAAUAUUAAUGGAGAAAUUGUUAAUUAGAUUAUAUUUUACUAAGAAAAUCUCAUAUAUGGAGGUAAUUUAGGGUUUCUUACUUGUAAGUCUAUUGACACUGCUUAGAACUAUACAUCUUAAAUUAAAGAAAGAAUUAAAAAAUAAUUUAAUAGAAUUUUUAAGGAUUUCACACCUUGGGCUACUACUUAAGGUUUAAUAUAAUUAUAAGUUCAAGAAGAAUUUAAUAUAUGUUUUGGUUUAUUUGAAUAAUAUGAUUAAGAUGAUAAUGUUUGUGAUACUUAUGUAGUUAUUUAUGAUAUUGGAUUAAAAGAUUAAUAAUUUACAGAAAUUAUUAGAAUUAAGUAAUCAAAUAUAUACAAUUAUAAUGCUGAAUUGAAAAACACAUUUGAUAUAACAAAUCUGAAAUUUUAACAUGUGAAUUUUGAAAAACAAUGGCAUACUAAUAAUAUUUUAAUGAUCAUAACAACUUAAGAUCAACUUCAAAUUUAUUUCACUUUUGAAGUUUAAGAUAGAAGUCUUAACGAUGUUAAUUUGUAUUAAUCUAGAUUUAAUAAUUUAAAUUGCACCUAAAAUUAAAUCAAACUUAAAUCAGAAUAUUAAAUCUCUUAAAUCAAAUAUCCAUAUAUGAAAUUUGAUUAAGAAAUUCCUUAUGGGGUAUGUCUUGAUGAAAGUAGAAUUUAAUACAAAUAAAAAGAAAUGUUAAAUAUAUAACAAAACCAAUAGUUAAAAUCUGUCUAUAAAGAUGAAUAAAUAGCUUUAUAUCAUUUUGAUAACUACCUUAUUGCUUAAUUUAUUGAUUUUGCACACAUUUAAUAUAUUAAAAAUUUAGAGUAGCAAUUAUCCAAAUACAAUUCAUAUAAUUAAUUAUAAUACACUUUAUACAGAGAUUCUUCUAAAGAAGCCAUUGAAAAUAUUUAAUUGCAUUCUGUUGAUUCUAACUAAGAAAUUCCAAAAAACAUUUAUAAUAUUGGAAAAUUCUCUAUCAAAAAAAUAUUCAAUCAUUCUGAUGUAAAUGAAUCAUAAUUAUAUAAUCUACCAGAACAUUAUGUAUGUAUAGCUGGUCAUACAAUUGAGUUUAUAGUAAAAAUGAGACCAAUUGAUUGCUUUUUCACAGCUAUUAAAGUUACACAUUAUGAUUUCAUUAAUCAAAAUUAUGAAGACUUUCCUUUAGAAAAAUUAAUAAGGGCUUUUGGGAUCGAAGAAAGCUGUUCUCAAAUUUUAUAAAUAAUAAUUUAAGAAGAUUCGCUUUUUUAUAUUAAUGUAGAACUUUAAUAGCAAUAUUAAUUUGAUUUGUAAAAGGCCUACUAGAGAAUACAUUUCUCAGAAAAUAUAUAAAAAUUUUUUGAUGAUAAUGAAAGAAUUCCUUUAUGGGUCACUGGUUAAGUAUAUGUUAGUAAAGGAUCAAUUAUUAAAGAUAAAGCUAUGAGAGCUUAUUUUUCAUUAGUUAAAAGAUCUUUAUUAAGUGAAGAUAGAAAUUAAAAGUCUAAAAAGGUAUUUAGUACUACUUAAUUAAUUUGGAAAAUCUUAGCACCAUUAACUACUAAAAAAUUUAUUGAUGAGAAAGUAUAUAAUUUAGAAAGUAACCGACCAAUAGAAAGUUAUUCUAUUGAAUAACUUCAAAUGGUUUAUAAGCAAAUAGACAAAUUAUUGAAAUUAUUCGAUAAUGAACCUAAUUAUUUUUAAAAAAAAAAACAUUAAAUUGUUGAAUCAUCAUAAGAAGAAUAAAUAGAACAUUAAAAUUACAAAAAAGGAUUUAAUAAGUAAAUUUAUGAAUCCUUUGAUUUAAGUUCAAAAUUAGAUAUUACAAGAAGUACAAACUAUUCUGAUCAAUCACUUUUUUAAAGUGUUAAUGUUGAUAUAGAACAUGUAUUAUUUAUAAUUUUAUUUAAUUAGACUUAAAUGAAAGGACUUUAUGAAUAUUGUCUAUAAGUAAAGUAAUUAUUAUCAUUUUUUAUUUAUUUCUUUGGAGAUCUAAAUGGAAUCAGAAACAUAAUUAAUAGUUAUUCAAACAAAUAAUAAUUAUUUGAUUUAUCAGUCAAAUCUAUACUAAAUGGAGAAUCUUCAAGUUUACUUACAUUAAAAUAAUUAAUGAUUCAUAUAAUCAAAAGUGAUAAAUAAAAAUUUAGAGAUAUGGCAUCCUACAUGCAUAUAAACUUUUCAGAAUAUUUUACUAUCUAAGAUUUUAAAAUUAGUUUAGCAUAAAAUUUAUUUGAUGAAAUACUUUAGUUUGCAACUUAAAAAAGUAUCUUAUUUUUAUUAACCUUUAGAUAUAAUCAAAUUAAACCCUAAUGAAUAGAUUCAUGAAAAAAUAAAAAGAAUUUUAAAGCUUUCUAAGGCUCCUUAAAUAACUUUUGAGAAAGUUCUUGAAAAGAGAGAAAUUUUUAUUUAUUAUAAAGAAUUAUAAGAUGAAUUACAAGAACAAUUAAAGGAAGCAUUGAAAUCAGUUGAAGAGGUCAUUUUUGCUAUUUCUCAUUCUUAUCUAUCAUAAAGCUUUCUUAAUUAUAUGUAUCCUUUUGGUACAUUUAGAUUCUAUAUACAAUUUUUAGCAUAAAAAUGUUCACAAUCAGAAAAAGAUCAGUUUGAUGAUUAAUACAGGAUUUGUUUUUUGGAUCUAAUUCAAUAAUAUAAUAAUUUAAUACAAUAUUAUUAAGAUCCUCCUAAAGGUUUAACAAAAACAUAAGUUUAUGAUAUACUAAAAGAUUCUCUUGAAAUAUUAAAUAAAUAUCAGUUAAUAACUGCAACUGAAGUGAUUUUAAAUGGUUUGAUUAAAUAAAAACUAAAGGAAUUUAUAGUUUUUAUUGAUUAUAAUUAAGAUUUAGAAUUAUAAUGUAAUGAACUUGAAAAGUUGUAAAUUUAAAAAUAAUAACUUUUAAUUAAAUCAGUUAAGGGAGAUAAUCAAUCAGUUUUUUUGUUAAUACAACUAUUACUCAAAUUAGCUCAAUUUUCUUUAGCUGAGAAUUCUGAAAUGACUUUAGAAGAUAUUGAAGCAGUCUUACCUUUAAGAAAAAGAUUGAGAUAUGUAUUUAAAGCAUAAGAAUUUAUAAAAUCUAGUUAAAAAAAUGAUUUAUAAAAUGACAUAUUAUAAUUUGAAAAAUAAGCAAUUGAUUUAAGUAAAUUGCUAUUUCUUUAAGAUAUCAUGUAUGAUUAUAUAAUAACAAAUGAUAAUGAAGGUAUUGUAUCCUAAAAUUUUAGGUUAUUUAAGUUAGAAGAGAAAAAUAUUGAUAGAAAUUUUAGAUUGUAAUGUAAUUAUGCAGUUUUUUGAGGAUAAUAAUAUUUUUUUUGGAUAGAUUUUAUGUAUGGAUUAUCUAGAAGUAAAAUAGUAGAAAUAAUUAUAUAAUGAAUAUUUUAUUGAUUAAGUUUGGACUGAUUUUAUAAUUUAAGCAUAUUAAGAAUCAAAUAUAUGGCCAUCAGAAAUUUUCAAGAUGUAAAUGAAAUUAGUAUUAGAAAAUCUAUAAAAUAAAUAAAAAUAUAUUCGAGUUUAAAAAAUGACAGAAAUUUUUGAAUUAGUAAAUUGUAAAGAAUGUUAAGAAUAAUAAAUAACUUAACUUUCAACUUGGUUCUUUUUUGAAAUAUUAUUAAAUCACAACAUUAGUGAGAUAGAACUUGCAUAAAUAUAUGUGAAUAACUUUAUAAAUUAUGUAAUGGUGUAAGACAAUGUUGCAUAUGAAAAAUUACAAAUAGAAUAAUUACAUAUUUAUAAAUUGUAAUUAGUACAACAAAUUUUAAUUUUAUUAAAUGUAAUAAAAAAAAAUAAGCAUGAUAAAACUAAACUUAUUUAAUUAGUAACAUAGUUUAAGAAUGCUUUUAAAGUAUAUUUAAUUAUAAUGAUUUUAGAAUGAAUAUAAUUAAUUUAUAGAUGACGAAGUUUAUGAUUAGACAGCGAUUGAAAACUUAAGGAAAUAAAUUGAUUCAUUAUGA